AUGUCGACUUCUAACUACAAAUUUGUGCUCUACCAUUAUACGCCCACUUUGGCAGGCGCAGUGAUCUUCGCUGCACUUUUUUCCUUGACCACUGCCCUCCACCUCUUUCAACGCAUACGAACGCAUACCAAAUACUUCACCCCGUUUAUUGUUGGAGGAAUAUUUCAAAUUAUCGGAUAUGGAGCACGAGCUGUUUCUCAUUUCCACACACAAAACACCACAAUAUAUGCGAUGCAGAAUCUAUUCGUCUUGCUGGCACCGACCCUCUACGCGGCAUCGAUAUAUAUGGUUCUGGGAAGAAUCAUUAUAUUCUUGCAUGGCCAGCAUUUGAGCUUUGUGCCUGUUCAGUUGAUGACCAAGAUAUUUGUUCUUGGGGAUGUGCUCUCCUUCCUUCUUCAAGGCGCCGGUGGCGGUAUCAUGAGUAGCAGUCUCCAAAACAGCAUGGUCAUUGGUCAAUGGGUUAUCGUUGCAGGCCUCUGCGUCCAGCUCGUCUUUUUCGGUGCUUUUUUGACAAGUUCAUUGAUCUUUCACUACCAAAUCAACCAGUCGCCAACUUCAGAGUCUGAAAGUGCAAUUAGCUCUUGUGGAUUUAUUCCGAGAGAUUGGCGAGGCCUCCUAUUUGCGCUGUACUCCGCCUGUGUGUUGAUCCUUAUUCGAUCGGUUUAUCGUCUCAUUGAGUUUUCCCAGGGAAACAACGGCUAUUUGAUUGGCCAUGAAGUGUUCCUGUAUGGUUUUGAUGCCACGAUGAUGUUCUUGGUGAUGGUGGUUAUGAACGCCUUCCACCCAUCCGUCGUUUUGAGAUCCAAUGAGGCAGUCAAUACCGAGGAGUCAAAGCAAUCCCUCAACAUCAGCGAGUUGAGAGAAAUCCGAUGUAAUUCAGGAUCUGCGAGCAAUGUUUGA